UGAAUGCUGGAUGGUUGGGGUUGAGGUGAGUAAGCUCCUGCCUUCCUGAGAGAAGAGAAUCACUGAUUGGUGAAAGCUGAUUCUCAGAAGCCUGAGGACUCAUCUUGGGGAUGAGCCUGGGAACAGCUAGUCCUUCUCUUUCCAGAAGCCACAGGGAGAACUGGAGGAUGCAUGUACAUCACUCCUGGCUCUGGGGUAUCACAGCAUAGAAAUGAUCAUCCAUAUGCUGUUCUAUGACGUUGAGGCAGACAGAAUGCCCCCAAGGAGCCUGCUGCUGGCACCGGAGCAACUCAGUCUGCGCCCAGGCAUAGAGAACUACCGAGAUGCCACCUGGGCCCGUAUCCUGAGCCUGCUGAGGAAGAGUGACAAGGAGAAGGACAUGCUGUUGCUGUGUCAGGUGCUCCAUGGACUGGCCACCAGUGCCCAGGCUGUCCUGGACGAUGCAUCUCUGCAGGAGGGAGCGAUGACCAGAGCGUUCAUCAAAGUGGCCACCAAGGCUGAUAAAACCCUCCAGAUUUCCUUCCGCCAUCAGCCCCUGGCCAGCAAAAGCCAGGUGGCAGAGAAAGCUCUGGAGACCACUGGCCACCUCUGCUGUCUCCUGCAACUCUCAGAACGUGAGAGGCUGGUGUACUCGUUAACUGGAUGGUUAACAAUGUUGACAACCACACCAGUGAGGCCUCUCUACAUCUGCAAGAUUCUACUGGGGCUGCUACUGUGGGACCUCUCAAGUGAUGACAUCAUCCACUCUGUUCAAGUUCCCUGGUACCUUGAGAUCUUGGCACCUGUGGAAGAGCUGGCCCCUGAGCCUGCCGUGAAGAGGUCCAAGACGUCCAUGUGCAAUGAUGAUGGCUUGGACCGUCCUUGA